AUGUUACGGGGAGCCGUGACGACACACAUAAUCAUAGUAUUCGUGCAAAGAAAGAAGAAAUUGAAUUAUGUAUUCAAAAGAAGUUUAAAAAGUCCUUCAUUCUUAUCAAAUGAAGGGUUGAGACAAAUUCAAAAUGCGGCUGAAUCAUUUGAAAUUUCAGUUGUUAAUGCGACAUAUAAUGAAAUUGUCAGGAAUUGGGCAUAUUUUCAAGGUGACCAAACAAGUAGAGCGCGACAUGAUAGUUCUCCUUCUAAAACUGAGAUUCGUGAAGAUAGAUUCUAA